AUGAGUCCCAAUUAGAGGAGAAAAGUGAGGCAAGAAAUAGAGGUAGGUAGACUGCUGGCUUUGAAGAGGGAGGAAGAGGCCAGAAGCAAAGGGAUGCAGGCGGUCUUUAUGCACAGGAAGAGACGGGGGUGGGGGAGGAAACGCAGCUCUGCCCACACCUUGGGGUUAAACUCAAAAGACCCCUUGCCAGCUUCUGAACUCCAGAGCCAUGUGCUAGUGCAGUUGUGUUGUUACAGUGGUGCAGGACAGUAGUCAUGCCACCAUGGCCCGCCCCUUGUUCUUCAGAAGACAUAGAGGAGGGGCCUGAUCAUGUGUCCAGCAUCCCAGUGGAAGGGGAUGGGGUGAGCCCAAGUGUCUCCAUAGGGUGGGUCACUGGGAGCAGGAAGACGUGCACAGGCCAGCACAAGGACUCCGAGAAUGCCUGGAGAGGGGCGGGCCCGCUGGGCGCAGGUUCAGUGUCAGGGCCCCUGGAGUCUGGGCGCAGCGCCUGUGCUAACAGGCACCCAGAGCUGUAGGAGGAGCUCUGGGCUGUGAGUCCUCACUGUAUCCGGGCCCACCACGGCCACUGUGAAGGUCACAUGGUCUUUCCCCUUGAGAUCUCAGCUCCUUUCUAGGUCCAGUGAAGGGCUUGUGCUAGAUCAGUAGGUCAGCUUUUCCUUUUCAUAAAGUUUCCUCGCCAGAUGUGGUGGCACAUGCCUAUGAUCCCAGCACUCAGGGUCUGAGGCAGGAGGAUCACCGUGAGCUCCAGGUCAGCCCAGGCUACGUAGUGAGUUCAAGGCCUACCUGAACUCUAUAGCCAGACCUCAUCUCCAAAGCCAAACAUUUCAAAGUAAAUAAGUCUUCUCAGCAGCAGAUGUCCUCCUGUCUUCACCGUAGUCUCCCCUGUGACUCGGGAAAGGUUGCUCAGCUGACACUCAGAACCAGGGCAGGCACUGGUCUGCUCGGCACUCAUCAGCGCAAUGGAGGCACCAUAACCUUCAAGUCACAAACGGGAAAAGGGAGGCCAGAGAAGCGAAGACACUUGCUCCAGGGCACACAGCGGGGAGGAGGUGCAUUCUGGAUUUGAACUCAUGCACUGAAGGGAGUCUGAUGGGCUCGAGGGGACACCAGCUCAGGGCGUCUCCUCUUCUCCUCUCAGCCACCACCGCCCAUGCCAGGCCUUCAACCACUUCUGCAGGACACUGAGGCUCAAGUGACAUGGUCUAAAAGCCACACAGGACCACCCACUGCCCGCCUGCCUGCCUGCCUGAUGCCUUCGUCCCUGUCACCGGGCUGCAGGGAGCUGGGAAGCCCCAGGCUCUGGUGUCCCUUGCUCCAAGGUGGACCCCAAGUCUCUGUUUUGUGUGGGCUCCGGCCCCCUCAGGUUCUAGCCAGCAAAGUGACCUUGAGAAAGCCUCUCGGGGCCUUGACUCUAAACUGAGUUGUGAAGUUCACCUCCCUUCAGAGGCCAGAACCUUUUAAGGAAAUGAAGAAGAACCACUGCAUUAGACACGGCUUUGCACUUUUGGCUUUCACUGAUUCAACUGUCCUCAUUUGACCAGAGAGGUGAAGUGACUCACCAGGGCACACAGCAAGGCAGUGCAGAGUGGAGCUGGCCCGGCCCAGGCUGUGUGCAUCUCCUCUUCACUUCUCCCCCAGGGCCAACCCCACAGUAGGACCUGGUUCUGGUGGUAUGGAUUUGAUGCUCCUGAAACCCCUCUUGUUCCUGUAUUUCCUGUAGACUGCAAAACUGAGGCUCGGAGGCACUACCUCCCUGCCUGAGGUCACCCAGCCUUCCGAAUCAGAGCCGGGGCCUGGUGCGUGGGAGUCCCCAGUUCACACUUCCUCCUAUCCCCCUUUCCCAGUGCAGUCUCCCCAGUCGUCCAUAGGCUCCAAGGCUGAGGUGUCCCCAGCUGUCCUAGGCACCCAACUUCCUCCAGCACCCCUGGCCCCAUCAUCAGUACCGAGGAGCCACCAGUGCACGGGGAGCUGCAGAUGUCUGGCCCAGCCACCCCUGCCCCUCCCGGGCCGCGCUCCUCUGGGCAGGGAGGGAGGACAGCUCUCCUUGCCUGCCCGGGCGAGCAGCGUUGGCAGAGCAGCGGCUGCUCCUGCCUGCUGCCUGGCUGAUGGAGAGAUUAUUCCUAAGCCCUUCCCAUCCCCCCUUGCGGGACCAUGCUGGCUGGCUGUCCCCGUGGGACUUGGAGCUCGAAGUCCGAUGCUGAGGCAGGACAGCUGGCCCAGCUCCAUCUAGCACGGACCUCCAGACCCUCAUCUCUCAGGAGCACAGGGGCUUCGGGGUCAUCCCCCAAACUCACCCCACUCCCCCAGGACUCCUCUGCAGCUGCCUGAGAGAGAUGCGGAAUGAAUGAACUUCUGCUUUCUGGAGGAGGCGAGGGAGGAGACUGGAAACUAACUCUGCCAGAAACUGCUGCACUUUUCCUUCCCCUUCACCUGCACCACAGACCUGUCCCUUCCUUGGGCACUGAGACAUGGGGUCCUCUUGCUCAACUAAGAAGCAGCUGGAAACAGCCUCCCAGAGACAAGAGGACAGGUGAACCCCCAGCUGCCGGUCUGGAUGCCUCCAGGAUGCCCACACCUUCCAGAUACCGGAACCCGAAGCCCGGGCACCAUCCCUAUGGCUCCUGCAGCCCCCUGAGCCAGUUCCUGCACAGCCCCCUGGAGCCGCGGGUGGUCAAGGGCCUUUACUACCGCAGGGCACGGAGGGUGGGUGCGCCAGACGCCUCCCCGGCCACCGACCUGAAGAAGGAGAUCCUGGUGAAUGUGGGGGGCCAGAGGUACCUGCUGCCCUGGACCACGCUGGACGCCUUCCCGCUGAGCCGCCUGAGCAGGCUCCGCCUGUGCCGCAGCCACGAGGAGAUCGCACAGCUCUGCGACGACUACGACGCCGACCGCCAGGAAUUCUUCUUCGACCGCAGCCCCAGCGCCUUCGGCGUGAUCGCGAGCUUCCUGGCGGCCGGGAAGCUGGUGCUGCUGCAGGAGAUGUGCGCGCUGUCUUUCCGCGAGGAGCUGGCCUACUGGGGCAUCGAGGAGGCGCAGCUGGAGCGCUGCUGCCUGCGCAGGCUGCUGAGGAAGCGGGAGGAGGCGGCCGAGCUGCGCCGCGAGGAGGCGUUGCAGCUGCGGCGCGAGGGCCCGGGGCCCGCCGUGCGCCCCUCGCGCUGGGGCCGCUGCAUGAACCGGCUGCGCCAGAUGGUGGACGACCCGCAGUCGGGUUUGCCCGGGAAGGUCUUCGCCUGCCUGUCCAUCCUCUUCGUGGCCACCACGGCUGUCAGCCUGUGCGUGAGCACCAUGCCUGACCUCCGGGCCGAGGAGGACAAGGGUGAAUGCUCUCAAAAAUGCUACUACAUCUUCAUUGUGGAGACCAUCUGUGUGGCCUGGUUCUCCCUGGAGUUCUGUCUGCGGUUCGUCCAGGCUCGGAACAAGUGCCGCUUCUUCCAAGGGCCCCUCAACAUCAUCGACAUCCUGGCCAUCUCCCCUUACUAUGUGUCGCUGGUGGUGUCUGAGGAGCCCCCAGAAGAUGGGGAGAGGCCGAACGGCAGCUCCUACCUGGAGAAGGUGGGGCUGGUGCUGCGUGUGCUGCGGGCACUGCGCAUCCUCUACGUGAUGCGCCUGGCCCGACACUCGCUUGGGCUGCAGACGCUGGGGCUCACAGUGCGGCGCUGCACCCGGGAGUUUGGCCUGCUGCUGCUCUUCCUGGCCGUGGCCGUCACCCUCUUCUCCCCAUUGGUCUAUGUGGCUGAGAACGAGUCUGGGCGGGUCCUGGAGUUCACCAGCAUCCCUGCCUCCUAUUGGUGGGCCAUCAUCUCCAUGACGACGGUGGGCUACGGGGACAUGGUCCCCCGCAGUGUGCCUGGCCAGAUGGUGGCACUCAGCAGCAUCCUGAGUGGUAUCCUCAUCAUGGCCUUCCCGGCCACAUCCAUCUUCCACACCUUCUCUCACUCCUACCUGGAGCUCAAGCGGGCACAGGAGCGGCUCCAGGCCCGCCUCUGCCACCUGCAGAGUGCCCAUGCGGCCAGCACCAGUGAGCGGGAGCUCCUGGCUGACGUGGACGACCUGGUAUCCUCCGAGGGCCCUGCCCUGCCUGCCGCCUACCUGUAGCUCAGAUGCCUUGUGUGUGCAUGAGUGCAGCACGUGGUUCCAACCCAUCAUCCUUGCCAGAAACAAGCUAUCUCUACAGAUUCCUGGAGCUCUCCCAAAGCAGCCACUGUAAGCCCAAAGGUGUCAUCUGUGUGACCUCUGGUCCUCCUGACCUUGAAGCCCUGUUCCCUUGUCCAGUCUGCUUGCCUUGUCCUCCCUGCCUGUCUGCUCAGCACAGCCCACCUAGCUGGGCAGGCUUAGUCCUCCAUCUUCACUCUUCCUGCCCUGCCGAGGCUGUGAUGUCCCACAUUGGGGUCCCUGUGGCUGCAGAACUUCACAGUCAAAGUUCAGUCACUUGUCAGCGUCUGCCCUGGGACUUGCAGCAGUGGCAGCUCCUGCGCCCUCCCUGCCUCGGGAUGCUGGGGGAACUGCUGGGAGGUGGCUGCUAACAGAUGAGAAAACAACAGCGGCAAACAAAGAAUGGCCAGAACGAGUCUGGGGACAGAUCUAACCAGGGUCUGUGCCCCAGUCAGUGACCAUGGUCCAGGAGACGGCAGGGGACUGUCCCCUGGACAGUCAGUAUGGCGCCUGCAGAAUCCCAUUCUUCCCCUCCAACCCUCUUCCCUGGCUCUGUGGGAGGGGCGUGUUCUCUGUCCUCAGCACCGCCAGUGCUGUUUCCUAACGAGGCCACCAUCUCUUCUUCCCGGGUUUGUGCAAACCUCCCACCUUCUACACCUCCCUCCCACACACACAGCAUACCUGGGGCCGUGCGGGAUGCCACUCGCCAGCACAGAGGCUCUCAGGGGCAGCUGCACUCUUGGCGGGAUGCCCUCCAGCUCCCCAACCCUCUUAGGGCUCUGCACUGUCCCUGCAGAGACUCAGCUCUCUGUGCGUGGCUCGGUACCAGGGACAUACCACAGCUUCGGGGAAGAGUCACGAGCAGCCUCAGCGUCUGCCCCACACAGACCAGGACCUGUACCCUGGGCGCAAGUUCCGAAUUUCAGUGUGUUGGUUCAUCCAUGGAAAGAUUCCUCGCCCUUCAUAGCCCACAGAGGAGGCUGAUGCAGGACCGUGUUGGGGCUGAGGAUGGCAGGCCUCAGUGCUUCGUGGAGGGCAGAGUGAUGUGAACGAUUCCAGUGAGGAUGACGGUGACACUCAAAGGGUCGUGCGACCAGACUGGGAGGGGAGGGUCCGAGUGUUUCGGGGAGGCCUGUGGGCCCAGCUCCUCUGGGUCCCUGACUGCAGCACCUCCGUCAGGCCCUGACCGGGAGCUCUUUGGCACUUCCCGGAAACGACACGGUCUGCACUGUUGCUCACACUGGCUGGGAGUCUAUGGAGAAGGUGGCCAGGGUGCUCAUGGGUGGGUGGGGCCUGUGGGUCUGGCCUGGGUGGUACGGGGCACAGUCGGCCUUCUAUCAUGGGUAAUGAGUUCUUAGAGUUCAUUCUUCCCUCAUCUUUAUUGUAGCACUGGGGACUGAACCCAGGGCUUUCUCAUUGAACCACAUCCCAAACUUUUUAAUUUUUUUUUUUUUUUUUUGAGACGGGGCCUGGCCAAGUCACUAAGCUGCCCAGGCUGGGCUCCAACUUCUGAUCCUCCUGCCUCUGCCUCCCAGAGUGCUGGGGUUACAGGCACGGACCAUCACACCCAGCUUCUUCUGCUAGCCAUUAGCAAGGCCUCCGGUGCCCCACACAGGCUCCCCUGACUACUGGGCAAGGCCGGGGGCACUGGCUCGGGGGAGCACUGGCAUCUAGCUUGAGGCCAGGCCUGGCCUCCUCCUAGUAUCCCCCAGCUGACCCAGGCACAUGACCCCAUCCAUGUAGAACCGGAGUCCGGGGGGGACCUCAGAGCCUCCCAAGCUGACAGUCCUCCAAGUAAGCUCUUGGUAGAGUGGCCCAUGGUUGUCACACGGGGAAAGCUCUGCAGCCUGUCAGACCCGCCCUGGGCACGCCACUGUGCCCCGGGAAGUGACCAGCAUGGUCUUGUGGGCCUCUGGUUGUGUCCUGGGCACCUUGGACAACAGCCAUAUGAGUCUUGUUCUGGGCUAAUUUGUCUGUGUAUGGGGUGCUUGGAGUCAAGUCCAGGGCUUUUAUACUGAGCUACAUCCCCAUCCUUUUCUUUUUCUUUUUUUUUUUUUCCAUUUUGAGAUGAGGUCUCACUAAGUCUCCCAGUCUGGCCUCAAACUUGCAAUCCUCCUGCCUCCGCCCCCCAAGUAGCUGAGAUUACAGGCAUAUGUGACCUCUCUGGCUUAAUUUUUUUAAAAUAACUACUCUUAGGCAAACUAUUACUCUCACUGAGAGUUGGAUAAUUUGGGUGUCUACUGGGACCCCGUUUCUCACUCCCUCUGUGACUCUGGGUAGUCCUCAUUCCCUCUCUGUCGCCUGUGGGUUUGGCUGGCUGUGUGGUUUUCUGACAGGUUCCCCCAGGCACCGUCAGGGGGGGUAUAGCAGUCCAGCUGGGCAGACGGCUCUCUGACAUGGCAAACCCAUGCUGUUUAGAAGAAUCUGAAAUUUCCCAGAUGCCAUCUCUCCUCCAGUCAGUGCCUGUCCACAGCCCCAGGACCUGAGGAAAAAUGCUCACCCCUCCUUCCCAUGGGAAGCAGAGAAGAAUCUUCCACAGCCAUCAAAAGCCCUGGAACCUCCCCACACCCAUUUGCUGCUCAGCAGGGACUGAGGAGUUUGUUCAAGCUGCAAUAAUUCCUAAUUACCACUCUGCCCAUUGCUGGAACCAACUUCCACCCAGACAGCUCCAUAAAGGCCUUCCAAGGCUAAACAAAAAGUUUAAAAUAAGUCCAUCAUCAAUAUUAUAAGAUUCCAGAGUCCCGGGGCCAGCGAUUUAGCUCAGUGGUUUCGCCACCUGCCGCGCCCAAGUGUAAGGACCGGAGUUCGAUCCUUGGUACCAAAAAAAAAAAAAAGAUUCCAGAGUCCCAAACACUCCUGGUUGAAACUCUCUAAAUUAGAGGUAGAUAAUUGGAAUUGAUUGCUUGCAUGUGGGGCUUAAUUAAAUGCUCUAAUUUUCCUCCUGGGUAACAUCCCAGAUGACAGGUUUAAAUUGCCUGAGUCUCUCCUUGCUGAGCAGCCUCUCCUCCUUGUGGUUGGAUGGGGUGGGAAUAACAGGCAGGUGGCUGGCAAUUUCUUCCUCCCCACAGGCCGGAAACCAAGUAGCCUUCUUCCUGCAGAGUGCUCUUUCUAGGGUGUCCUGCUGCUGCUCUUAGGCGUGUCCAAGGCGAAGUCCAAGCCCUGGAAGGAAAUAUUCAAACUGAGCUUAAAGCCCAUUCUGCUGGGCUUUCCUGACAGAGGAAGUGGGGUUGUCUUGCGGUGUCCCUGGCACUUUCUGUGACAAUGGACAUGGACAUCGCCUCCGUGGACCUCCUGACUCACCUGACCUCAGACAGGCUGAAAGUCCUUCCCAGCUGGGGCCGUGUGGGAUUCUGGGAACGGUUUACACCACCAAUCGGAGCAGGAGCAAAGAAGGAGAGGGGUACGGAGAGAGCCAUACCGUGAGCCCUCUCCUAUCCACAAAGAUGCGCCUUCGACAGAAUGUGGAGUAGUCCACCCGCAGAUGGAAGUUCGCUGCAGUCUUUUCCUGCCCUCUGCCCCCAGCGGUUCCUACUGCCUCCCACGGGCACAGCUCUGGCACCCCCAGCACAGGGCCAUCAGCAGUGGAUUAUUAGCCCCCUUCCUUUUCUUCAUGCUGAUGUGCCAAUAAGGGGCAUCGCCUUCUGAAUUAUUACUGGGUGUUGAGAACCAAUCAGGUUUGCAUCAUUUUAUUUGGAAAACAUGUCAAAUUCACAAAAAAGUUGCAAGAACCUUAUAUAGGGAUAAAGCAUCCGAACACACCUCUUUUUUUUUUUAACACAUCAUCCCAUUUGCUUUGUGCUUUGUCCUAUCUAUAUUUUAAUUUUGUAUCCAUAGAGCAUUCCACUAAACCACUUGAAAGUAAAUUCCCUACACCAUGGCCCUCUGCUCUCGAACCUAAUUUUUUGGGGCGGGGGGGUACCAGGGAUCAAACUCAGGACCUUGAGCUUUCCAGGCAGGCAUGGUGCCACUGAGCUAAAUCCCCAGCCAUGAACCUAUUUUUAAAACUAUUAUCAAAGAUAUAUUUCAUUGCACAGUAAUAAGGAGUCACAAGCUUGGAAUAUGCAAAAAUAUCAAUAAAUGCCAACA